UUGUUGUUGAUGUUGUUGCAGCAGCAAAUGAUCAUGGUUUGUGAAUACAAGGCCAUUUUCGUGGCAGAGUUCUGAGUUUAUUUUAAAAAAAUUGCAAUAAGAUGGACACAGAUUAACAAGCUAUAAUCUGACUGUGAAGAGGACGAAGCAAAGAUUACUUUCCGGAAUAGAAAGAUCCAUUCAACGUUGACAUUGCGUGAAUCAACGAUAGUUUGCCUCGGGCCUAAAACUAAAAGAUCAGUUUGAGCUCCAGGUUUAGCUCUUAUCAUACUUUAACCAAAAAGACAACGUAGAGACUUUCUUCAAGACGGAGACACUUGAAAUAACCAAAGAUGUUGCCUAUUAGCGACUACCAAAAAAUCGGGAUUGGUGUAACCGGAUUUGGACUCCUGUUCCUCUUCCUUGGCAUGAUGUUAUUUUUUGACAGAGGGCUCCUGGCCAUUGGAAAUAUUCUCUUCAUAUCUGGUUUGUCAUUGGUGAUAGGAUUAGAAAGAACUUUCAGAUUUUUCUUCCAAAAACACAAACUGAAAGGAAGUGCAUUAUUUCUUGGUGGAGUAAUGGUUGUUUUGCUUGGGUGGCCAGUUGUUGGGAUGCUUGUUGAAAUCUAUGGAUUCAUACUUUUAUUUAGGGGUUUCUUUCCAGUUGUUAUCAAUUUCUUAAGGAGAGUUCCAGUUCUUGGUCAUAUUUUAAAUUUGCCAGGGAUAAGUUGGGUUACAAAUAAGAUGGGGCAAGAUCCAAACAGUGUUGUUUGAAAGAAAUUGUCUGAUUUCCUUGGAACUGUUACAAACUGUACAUUUGCAGGAACUUGUUUUUCUUGUCACUAUAUUUUGGGAUACGCUCAUUCUUCUCCUCUCAGUCAUCUCUUCCUUAUUUAAGUACUAAAAGAAUGAACUGUUAUGCACAAUUUAUUUUGUGCCAAGAUUUUUACCAGCAGUUUAAUAGCAAAAUGUGUGGUUAAGAAA